AUGCAGACAGGGUCCAAGGCGCCGGUGAUGGCAGAGCUUCAGGUGGAAGCAUGCCCUCCUGUCGCGAAGAACACGGGAACGGUGUACGACGACCAUGAUAUGCAGCGCAUGGGCAAGGUGCAGGAACUGAAGCGAAAUCUUCGUCCGUUGGCUGCGCUGAGCUUUGCGUCUGUUCUCCAGGCGACGUGGGAAUUUAUCCUCAUGUCCGUAGCUAUCGGGUUGCAGAAUGGCGGCCUUGCGGGGAUGUGCUGGUCAUAUGUCUGGACCUUUGUUGGUUUCGGCUUCAUCAUUGUGUCGCUGUCGGAGAUGGCCUCGAUGGCACCUACCUCUGGAGGACAGUACCACUGGGUUUCCGAGUUCGCGUCGCCGCGAUACCAGAAAUUCCUCAGCUACAUCACCGGCUGGAUGUCCGUCCUGGCAUGGCAGGCUGGCUCUGCAUCCGGCUCGUUCCUCACUGGCACCAUCAUCCAAGGACUCAUCAGCGUGCGCAACCCGGACUACAGCCCGAAACAGUGGCAGGGCACGCUGUUCGUCUUCGCCAUGAUCGUCGUGAUCUACUUUUUCAAUGUCUACGCGGCGGAUCUGAUGCCGCUGUUCAACAACUUGCUCAUGAUCCUGCACAUUCUCUCUUGGACGGUAAUUGUCAUUGUGCUGUGGGCAAUGGCGCCGCACCAGCCGGCACGAGCGGUCUUCACCGAGUGGACAAACCACGGCGGCUGGUCGAGCAUGGCGCUGAGCGCGCUGAUCGGGCAAAUUUCUGCCAUUUACGCAUCCCUGAGCUCCGAUGCAACGGCGCACAUGUCGGAGGAGGUCAAAGACGCCGGCCGAUACGUGCCAAUUGCCAUCGCAUGGGGGUACUUUAGCAACGGGAUCAUGGCGAUUGUUGUGCUGAUUUCGCUGCUAUUCGCCAUCCCUUCUGUUGAGGACGCGCUAUCUGACCCGACCGGGUUCCCGUUCAUUUAUGUGUUCAAGAACGCGACGUCCGUGGCCGGAGUCAACGGUUUAACGGCCAUCAUCCUCCUGCCGGUCAUCUUCAGCAACAUCCUCUUCAACGCCUCCACAUCUCGCCAGACCUUCGCCUUUGCCCGGGACAAAGGCCUCCCCUUCGCACGAUGGAUCGCGACCGUCGACCAACGCCGCAAGAUUCCCGUGAACGCGAUCGCGCUGUCGUGCAUCAUCAGCUGCCUGCUCUCGCUAAUCAACAUCGGCUCGCUGACGGCCUUCAAUGCCAUCAUCUCGCUCAACGUCGCCGCGCUCAUGUACACGUACAUCAUCUCGAUCAGCUGCGUGAUCUACCGCAAGAUCUGGCAUCCGGACACCCUUCCGCCACGACGGUGGGAUCUCGGCCGCUGGGGGCUGGCGGUAAACGUGAUCGGGCUGAUGUACUGCGUGUUUGCGCUGUUCUGGGCGCUGUGGCCGAGUCAGACACCCGUGACGGUAGACAAUUUUAACUGGAGCGUGGUGAUCUUUGGAGGAGUGUUAAUUCUCAGCCUGGUGAUGUAUGUGGUCAAAGGGCGGAGGGAGUAUCGGGGGCCGGUGGUGAUUGUCCAGCGUUAG